UCUGUAUUUUCGCUGGCACCUCUGUCUUCUUCUUGUUCUCCAUUUCCUUCUUUCUCCUCUGUUCGCAAAAACCUUAGGUUUAGCUUCAAGAUCUCAAAUCAGAAAAAGCAGAAAGAAGUAAUUCUUGAGAUUCAGAUUAAACCUUUUUCUUCUUUCAUGUGAGGAUCAAUAAGAGAUAGUCAUGAUCCAUUCGCUUCSUCUCCUUUGUGUUGUACUUCUAUUCCGUAUCAUCAUCUCCACCUCAAUAUCUCCGUCUUUUUCGUCGGAAGAACCGUCUUCAUCUUCAAUAUACGAUGUUUUGCGGUCUCACGGGCUUCCAAUAGGUUUGCUUCCAAAAGGGGUUACCCAAUUCAUCAUAGAUGAGAAGGGAAGGUUUGAAGUUCAUCUUGAUCAGGCCUGCAACGCCAAAUUCGAGAAUGAGGUGCAUUACGAUCGAAACGUUUCUGGGACUAUUAGCUAUGGCCAGAUCGGAGCUCUCUCGGGCAUAUCCGCUCAGGAGCUCUUUCUCUGGUUCCCAGUGAAGGGUAUUCGAGUUGACAUCCCCAGCUCUGGCCUCAUUUACUUCGACGUUGGUGUUAUUUACAAGCAAUUCUCGCUUUCUUUGUUCGAAACGCCACCUGACUGUAAGGCCGUUGCUGAUGGUCCACCUGAUGCCCUUCUUCGCGAAGGCCGUGCCAUUGCUGCAGCAGUUUCUAAGAGUCAAUCCGGAAAGCUUCGCUAUGAACUUGAUCAGGGAAAUUUUCAGAGGGCUGUUCUGUAGACUGAAACAAGGACGAUUCAAAUUUCACAAUAGAUCAAUCAACUUAUUGUGGGUUUCCUUUCCCUUAAGAGACUGUCUCAGAGUCUGGUUUGGCAGGUCUUAUGCGUCCAUGGUGUGUGCUUGCUUGCAGUAUAGUACAGACUAAUCGGGCCCGCUGCUUCUAUCUGCACGGGGAGGAGAAAACAAUUUUUGACGGAGGAGAGAAGUAAUGAAAUGAGGAGUUGAGAGGAUUGUGGGUGAAGGGCCUUAUAUAUAGAAGAGGAGGAAGAAUCAGGAUUUUGCGUUGAGGUGAUUUUGAUGAUAAAUCUGUUAGAAUGCUGCUUUACUCUUUGUGAUCCUAUUAUUACAUUUAUAUAGAUAUGGGUGCUCGACCAAAGUCUCUGUAAAUGCAGGUAUUUGUCUGUUUGUAUUAUCAGUGAAUGUCUUAGAUUGAGGUAAGAACAUUUCAUUGACAAAAGAAACAGCUUUCAAUUUUGUUUGUUCUUUUCUUUUUUUUUUUUUUUUUUGUAUUUCUAUGAGUCAUACAUUACAGCAUUUGCUGAUGCUACUCUUUUAUUAACUUGCAAUUUCUUCUCCAAUAGUGUCUACUUUUCUUGCUUCUGUUUGUGUUUUGGUUUUGGGUUUUAAUCGCAGUUUGGGAUAUGAAAUCAAGGAAAUGAUGCAGUGAUGAUUGUGCUUUACAAGCGGAAAAUAGUGGUACAGUGGAGUUUCAAAGGCAAUGAUGAAUUGAACUGAUUUCUUCCCUUUUGAUUUGGUCUAUGUAGCAAAUUUCUUCCAUAUAUCAAUUGGGUUUGUCAAGUGGUCAGUUGGUUUUGUCUGUAAAAGGAGGAAUGUUUCUCGGUGUGUAAUUUUGGUUGUUGGGCAUUUCUUAAGCUAUUGAAGUGUGUCAAAAGAGUAACAAAUAUGGAAAACCAACUGAAAGUCUCAGUGAUUUCUGGAGAGAUGAAUUUGUUUAUUGGUGUGUUAUUGCAGUAUGAACAUAUUGUCAAUACCGCAGUUGGUACAGAUGGUGUUUGAAAUCCUGAAUUUCUUGUGGCAGAGUUGAAUCUGUUUUAA